AUGGCCUCAGCGUCAUCAGGUUCCACCGACUUUCGAGCAUCGCCUGUCCCUUCGACAGCAAGCUCAACAGUGUCUUUGAAUUCGGCCUCGACUCCACCUACAACCCCUGCUUCUGAUAAGCCUGCGGACGAAGGCUCGAAACUGCGAAUGUUUCUGAGCAUUCUGCGAAAGUUUAUUGGGGUUAGCGACAUCGCUGCUGUUCGUUUCUCGCUGCCUGCCCAGCUGCUAGAGCCUACACCGAACCUUGAAUACUGGCACUACCUUGAUCGACCAGAAACUUUCGCAAGCAUUGGAAAAUCCGACGAUGAGGUCGGGCGCAUGUUAGAAGUUCUACGUUUCUGGUUCACCAAAGAUCUUAAAUAUGUCAAAGGCAAACCAUGUAAGCCUUACAACUCGGCGCUAGGAGAAUUCUUCAGGUGUCACUGGGACAUUAUCGAUGAUGCUCCUCCCCUAGCGACAUCUCCUACUACUAGCCAAUCGGCCCCCAACAAACCAGAAGAUUCUGUCUCUCAAACUCCAGCACGCUCCAGCCCAGUCCGGGUGUCGUAUCUUACCGAACAGACAUCACAUCAUCCUCCUGUUUCCGCCUUUUUCGUCGAUUGCCCGGCUCGUGGCAUCAGCGCUCGUGGUUAUGAUCAGCUGUCAGCCAAAUUUACUGGUACCGCAAUUCGAGUAACUCCUGGGGCCCACAACUUAGGCAUCUUCAUCACUUUAGCCCAGCGUGGCAACGAAGAAUAUCAGCUCACGCAUCCAGCUGCACAGCUUGGUGGCCUUCUACGAGGCGCCCUUGCCGUAUCAGUCUCGGACGUCUGUUUCGUGACUUGUCCGAAAACACGGAUCAAGGUCAUUCUACAUUAUCUUGAGGAGGGCUGGCUGGGCAAGUCACAGAACCGAGUGCAAGGAGUGAUGUUCCGAUAUGAUCCCGACAAUGACAAGUACACCCGCAUAAAAGACGUACCACAGAAGGACAUCCUGGCGCAUAUUGAUGGGUGUUGGCAAGAGCGGGUAUAUUACAGCAUUCCAUCCACACCAGCUGUGAAAAAUGCAAAGGACACCGAUGCAUCAAAUAUCAAGCAUUUACUGGUGGAUCUUACCCCACUUCUUCCGGUACCAAAGACAGUACCACCAGAGGAGGACCAAUUAGCUAAUGAAUCACGCCGAUUCUGGAAAGAUGUUACGGAUGCUAUACUUAAUAAGCAAUAUGGGGAAGCGACGCGGUUGAAGCAAGCCCUAGAGCAACAGCAGAGAGACAAGGCCGAAGAGCGAAAAGCAAGAAAUGAGGAAUGGAAGCCAAGAUUCCUGCUCUUCUGCUCUGUUGUCUCGUAUAAGUCUCUCUUCGUCGUCGGCGGUGUCAUGGCAUCCAACAAGAAGGAGCCAAUGCAGUACAGAUACACCACUGUCACAGGUUACUUUCUGCAGGACGAGAAUUCGACAAACCCGGACACGUUCGACUUUGCGACUCAAAACUUUGGGCUGAUUAACAGGGAAUAUGACACUGAUGCCUCUGUUGAUAGCCGGAGUGUAAGCCAAUGGCAGCGUUUUGGUGAUAAGCUGCAAGCACUCAACAAGGAGGCAUCCAAGGGUACCAGAUAUAUCCUUGUCUAUAUGGCCCGACACGGUGAAGGCUGGCACAACAGAGCCGAAAGGAAGUACGGCACGAAGGCUUGGGAUUGCUACUGGUCAACCUUGGAAGGUGAUGGUGAUAUUUUCUGGGCCGAUGCCCAUAUCACGGACCAGGGUGCUUCUCAGGCUCUCGCUGUGCAUGCCCUCUGGAAGAGCAAACUUGCAGAGCAGUCCAUAUUGGCACCGGAGAGAUUCUUUGUAUCGCCACUGGACCGUUGUCUACGUACAGCCCAGUUGACAUGGUCUGGCAUUGAUCUUCCAUCUGGACGUCCAUUCAACCACGAAGUCAAAGAGCUACUUCGAGAGGCAAUCGGCAUUCACACAUGUGACCGUCGGAGUAACAAGACAUAUAUUCAGUCCACGUAUCCCUUCAAAGUCGAGCCGGGUUUUGCAGAACAAGAUCCGCUAUGGGUCCCAGAUCUCCGGGAGAGCAAUCCGUAUUUAGAUGCGCGGCUUAAGCAGUUGCUGGAUGACAUCCUCAGCCACAACAGUGACACUGUCUUCUCCCUGACAUCUCAUGGCGGUGCGGUGGGUGCCAUGUUACGUGUUGUUGGACACAGAGAAUUUCCUCUCAAAACCGGCGCGAUCAUGCCUGUGCUUGUCAAAGCAGAAUUGCUCCAUGGCAGGGAACCUGAAUCACCAAAAGAGCCAUGGAAGCCCAAGCCGGACUGUUAG